AUGACUGCCAAAGAUUAUCCAUCAUUGUGGGGCUUUGGAACAACAAAAACAUUUAAAAUUCCUGUUGAACAUUUGGAUUUCAAAUAUAUUGAAAAAUGUUCAGAUGUUAAACACUUGGAAAAAAUUCUUUGUGUGCUUAGGUCUGGUGAGGAAGGAUAUUAUCCUGAACUUACAGAAUUUUGUGAAAAGCGCCUUGGAAGCUUGGCUCCUGAAAGUAGAGCUUUAAGGAAAGAGAAACCUGCAGCGACAGCAUCCAGUUUUACAGCAGAAGAAUGGGAAAAAAUUGAUGCUGAUAUAAAGAGUUGGGUAUCAGAAAUUAAAAAAGAAGAAAAUAACGUACAUUUUCAUGAAACUGAAACAUUUUCAGCAAUGGAAGACAAUCUGCCUCCAGUUCGUGGUUCAAACAGCCGUCUUCAUGUUAGUAAGGAAAAAUACUCUAAAAGUAAGCCAGCUAAAAAGAAAAUUCCGAGGGAUUAUGCAGAGUGGGAUAAAUUUGACGUGGAAAAGGAAUGUUCAAAAAUUGAUGAAGAUUACAAAGAAAAAACUAUAGUAAACAACAAGUCACAUUUGUCUAAAAUUGAGACGAGAAUAGACACAGAAGGUCUAACUGAGAAGGAAAAAGAUUUUCUUGCUACUCAUGAAAAGGAAAAAGGAAAUGAAGCUUUCAACUCAGGAGAUUAUGAAGAGGCUGUGACGUAUUAUACUAGGAGCAUAUCAGUGCUUCCCACCAUAGCGGCCUAUAACAAUCGCGCUCAAGCAGAAAUCAAACUACAGAACUGGAACAGUGCUUUUCAGGACUGUGGAAAGGUCUUGGAGUUAGAACCUGGAAACUUAAAGGCUCUUCUGCGCCGUGCCACUACAUAUAAACAUCAAAACAAGCUCCAGGAAGCUAUCGAAGAUUUGAGGAAAGUGCUAGAGGUUGAACCUGAUAAUGAGUUGGCCAAAAAAACCUUGUCAGAGGUUGAAAGAGAUCUGAAAAAUUCUGAACCUGCAUCUAAGACUCAAACGAAAGGGAAAAGGAUGUUUAUUCAGGAGGUAGAAGACGCAGAAAAUGAAGAUGGAAAGAACAGUGGAAAAAACCCUGAAGAUGGCAGUGGAGAUAAGAAGGCCGCCGAGCCGACGGGAGCCGGGCGCGCCGCCGAGCCGGGCGCCAUGGGCAACAUCCAGAAGAAGCUGACCGGCAAAAGCGAGGGCGGCAAGCGGCCGGAGAGGGGCGCGCCGCGCGGCGCGCCGCCGCCCGCCCCGGUCGGCCCCGCCGGCCUGAAGAGCCAGGGCAACGAGCUGUUCAAGAGCGGGCAGUUCGCCGAGGCGGCCGUCCGGUACUCGGCGGCGAUAGCGCAGCUGGAGCCUGCAGGAAGUGGAAGUGCAGAUGAUCUAAGUGUCUUAUAUUCAAAUAGAGCAGCGUGUUACCUGAAAGAAGGAAACUGCAGUGGAUGUAUUCAAGAUUGUAACAGGGCUCUGGAACUUCAUCCCUUCUCAAUCAAACCUCUUCUUCGACGAGCAAUGGCCUAUGAAACUUUAGAGCAGUAUCAGAAAGCUUAUGUGGAUUAUAAAACAGUGUUGCAAAUAGACUGCGGAAUCCAGCUAGCAAAUGACAGUGUUAACAGAAUAACACGAAUUUUAAUGGAUCUGGAUGGACCACACUGGCGGGAGAAGCUGUCACCCAUUCCUGCUGUGCCCACUGCCGCGCAACAGCGAGCUUGGCAGCCUGCAGCAGAGACCCCCCCAGACCAAGUGGGAGAUUCCUGCAGCCAUCACCAGCUGGGCGUCACAGAUGAAAAAAUGUUUAAAGCUCUUAAAGAAGAAGGAAAUCAAUGUGUUAAGGACAAAAACUAUAAAGAUGCCCUUAGUAAAUACAGUGAAUGCUUAAAGAUUAACAACAAGGAAUGUGCCAUUUAUACAAACAGAGCUCUCUGUUACUUGAAGCUGGGCCAGUUUGAAGAGGCAAAGCAGGACUGUGAUCAGGCGCUCCAGAUAGACAACAGGAAUGUGAAAGCGUGCUACAGACGAGCUCUUGCUCAUAAAGGACUCAAGAAUUAUCAGAAAAGUUUAAACGAUUUCAAUAAAGUUCUCCUGUUAGACUCAAGUAUUAUUGAGGCAAAGCUGGAACUGGAAGAGGUAACCAGAUCCCUUAAUAUUGAGGAUAAUACAGCGUCAUCCAGCAGAGAAAAAGAGAGAAGGAAAAUUGAGAUUCAAGAGGUGAAUGAAGGCCAUGAAGAGCCUGAAGGGACCUCAGAGGAGGUCUCCACUGACUGCCUGGCUUCUGAGAAGGGGCUCACAAGCAAUGGGCCACAAGAAUACUGUGAAAAACUACCGAUCACCAAGCCUAACAAUGCCUAUGAAUUUGGUCAGGUUAUAAACGCCAUCAGUAGUAGGAAAGAUCAAGAGGCUUGUGCACACCUUUUAGCCAUCACUGAACCAAAAGAUAUGCCAAUGUUGUUGAGUAACAAACUUGAAGGGGAUACAUUUCUCCUCCUCAUUCAGUCUCUGAAAAAUAAUCUUAUUGAUACAAAUCCCUCAUUGGUGUAUCAGCAUCUAUUACAUCUGAGUAAAGCAGAAAGGUUUAAGAUGAUGUUGACACUAAUUAGCAAGGGCCAAAAGGAGCAAAUUGAAGAGCUCUUUGACGACCUCACAGACACACCAAAUAAACAUUUUACUUUAGAAGAUGUGCAGGCUCUAAAGAGGCAGUAUGAGCUUUAAAUCAAGAUGAUGGUUAGAUUUCUUCCAUGCAUGUAUAUGUUCCAGUAAUGCUAAUGAAAUGGUAUUCUAAUAGAGUUGCAUGGAUAAAACGUGGCUUAGAAAAGAUCCGUUGGUCUGGACUAUGAAAUAUUUUGCUUAUUUUUAUACAUAGAACAUGUAUAUUCUACAAUCUACUUUUUAUUAAUUGUAAAUAUUUUCUUAUGCACCAGAGCUAACAUCUUGAUAUUUAAUAAUAAGUAUAUUUGGAACUUGUUAAAAUGCAUUUUAAUUUAUAUUAUACAUUUUCUUUUAAUAGCUCAGUUGUUAAAAAUUUGAAUU